AUGUUGUUCCCAUUGUCGUCCCGCACGCUAUUGAACCGUUGGAUUAAUCAUUUUGACGUUCUUGAAAUAUCUGCAAAAACCAGGCAACACCGGCUAAUCGGCAGAAGAGGUCAAUUGUCCGUUCUAGUGCAAUUUACCGCUCCUUACAGUGGGCUGAGAGAACGACUAAAGAAAACUAUUAGCUCGGAUAUUAGAGGAUACAGAUAUAAACAGUAUUCUCAAAUGUUGCCAUCCCAUCCAACCAUGGCAUCGCGUGGUCCAAUAGAACCAGCAUGUUUUACGAAAAACAUGACUUUUUUUACCAACCAGAAGCAAACCUACGAAAAAGAUAAUCAAUCUUUACGGUUAACGGUGGCGCUUGACAAGCCGUUGGUUUUCAUCUUUGCCUGGUUACAAGCAUCGGAAAAACAUCUGGCAAAGUACGCCGAAUUUUACCUGGAGCAAGGCUUCGAUGUGCUAUGCGUCCAUAUAACACCAUGGCAAUUGGUGUGGCCAGUUUACGGUUCGCAGAAAGUUGCAGCGGAUAUCGUGAAGUUUCUCUCCAACAACGACUUUCCCGAGGGCAUUGUGAUACACGGGUUUUCCGUCGGAGGCUACCUUUGGGGUGAGUGUUUGGUGAAGCUACAUGCUAACCCGACCGGCAGACGUGUGCUGGAGAAAAUCCGUGGUCAGGUGUGGGAUAGUUUGGCGGAUAUAACGGAAAUCCCGGUUGGUGUACCGCACGCAGUUUUGCCCCACAAUCCAACGCUCCAGGGCGUCCUACGUAAUUACAUGAACUACCACAUGAAGCUGUUCCACGAGGAAGCUACACAGUACUACGUUAAAUGUACACAUCUCUUCCAUCACGAACCGGCCCUGUGUCCGGCAUUGCUGCUCGUUUCGAAAACCGAUCCAGUCGGUACGGAAAAGGCAAACAAUCGGCUACGUGAUAUUUGGGAGUCGGUCGGUGUGAAGACGUCGUUGAAGUGCUGGGAUAAGUCGCCCCAUGUUGGACACUUCCACAAGCAUCGAGACGAGUACAUUGAGUUGCUGCUCGCACACCUUCGUGCCCUCGAUUUACCGAUGUACAAUCGAAAAGCUAAGCUCUAA